AUGACUGGAAGCAUUCCAUCAUGGAUUGGAGAAUUAUUUCAAUUGGGUUAUCUUCUCUUGAGCAACAAUAAUUUUGAAGGCGAAAUACCAGUUCAAUUGUGCAAUUUGAAUCAUUUAAGUGUACUUGAUCUUUCUCACAAUAAACUUUCUGGUCAUAUUCACCCUUGUCUAAAGUGUAGUAGCAAUGUAGAAAGGAAGCUCUCUUAUACAAUAAACAUUGAAGGACAUUUCGACUUGAUAACGAAGAGUAUGUCCUUAUCUUAUACGGGAAGAAUUGCUAGAUACAUCUCUGGAAUUGAUUUCUCAUGCAACAACUUUACAGGCAUCAUUCCUCUUGAAUUUGGAAAACUCAGUGAGAUCAAGUUACUGAACUUAUCCUACAAUAGUUUGAUAGGAUCGAUCCCUACAACAUUUUCCGACUUAAGUCAAAUUGAGAGUUUGGAUCUUUCAAGCAACAAGUUGCAAGGGAGCAUUCCUAUUGAGCUCAUCAAGUUAUAUUUUUUGGCAGUAUUCAAUGUGUCGUACAAUAAUUUAUCUGGCAGGAUACCUGUAGGGGUUGCACAAUUUGGAACAUUUGGUGAAAGUAGUUACUUAGGAAAUCCUUUCCUCCAUGGAUGCCCACUGCCAAAAGAUUGUAAGGCAAGAGAACCACCUCCAAUAGUAUCAACAACUUCAACUCACAGUUCAGAAAGCAUGGGCCUCAUAGAUAUGGAAGUUUUUUAUGUGAGCUUUGGGGUGGCUUACGUGAUGGUGUUGUUGGGGAUAGCUGCAGUUUUAUAUAUAAAUCCUUACUGGAGAAGAAUCUGGUUUUACUACGUUCAAGUAAGUAUGGAGAACUGCUACUAUUUCAUCAUUGACAAUCUUUCCAAGUUUAGUUUUUGA